GUCUUCAUUACACCCAUUACAUUUUGUAUAUAUUUAUAUAUCUAUAUCUAUAUAUAUAUAUAUACGAAUAAUCCAUACAUCCAUCCUACCACCCACACACACACACCUACUCAUACAUUUAUCCACCUGCGCAUAUACACCCACACACAUAUACUAUAUUUACACAUACGAAUGAUCUAUACAUCCAUCCUACCACCCACACACACCUACUCAUACAUUUAUCCACCCGCGCAUGUACACCCACAUAUACCAUGUGUAUACAUACGAAUAAUCUAUACAUCCAUCCUACCACCCACACACACACACACACACACACACACACACACACACACACACACACACACACACUAC